AUGGCAGAGUCACUGUCUGAGGAGCAAGUGGCUGCGUUCAAGGAGGUCUUCGAAGAAGUGGACAAGGACAAGGACGGCACCAUCAACCUCCAGGAGCUUCGUAGUGUGAUGCAGGCCCUGAACAAAAACCUGUCAGAGGAGGAGCUGAAGAAGAUCAUGGAGCAGGUAGAUGGCAAUGGUGAGGGCACCAUCAGCUUCCCCAAGUUCCUGGAGGAGAUGGCCAGGAGGAAUAAGGCCUUCGGCAGUGAGGAGGAACUGCGGACCGUGUUCUGUGCCUUCGACAUGAAUGGGGACGGCCACAUCAGUGUGGAUGAGCUCCGGCAGGCCAUGGCCCAGCUGGGGAUACUGCUGUCCCAGGAGGAGCUGGAUGCCAUGAUCAGUGAGGCCGACGUGAACCAGGACGGGCAGGUGGACUAUGAGGAGUUCUCGCGAAUCCUCUCCCAGAAGUGA